GCACCCGAACCCACGCCACGAACCGCGAGCCCCUUCCUCUAGAGGUUUAUCCCGACUCGCGCACUCCAACCAAUAGAAGAGAGAGAGAGCGAAUUUUAGAGAGAGAAAGAGAGGAAUUUUGGGUCUAUUUUUAUUUUUUCUUUUCAUUUGCUUCUGAAACGUUUUCCAACUUACAGAAAGAGUUCGUACAUCAAGAAACGAAAAACAGGGUUUUACAUGAGAAAAGAAGGGGAUUCGAAAUUUCCCGACUGUUAUUCAUCUUCUUCUCAAAAAAUCUAGGGUUAGUGCUAAAUAAACCUCGAGUUCUUCUUCAUUCCAACGGACAAUUGCUUUUUAAUUUCUGCUUUUUGCGUGCUCUGAAUCGGUUCCUGUGGUGUAGAAAUAUAUAUAUAUAUAUAUAUAUUUAUUUAUAGACAGAUAUAUACAGGUGGGUGGGUCUGUGUGCGUGCGUAUAUAUAUAGAGAGAGAGAGAGAGAGAGAGUGAGAGAGAGAGAGAGAGAGAGAGAGAGAGAGAGAUUUUGAGGUUUUGGUUUUGUAUGAGAUAAGAAGCGGUGUCGUUUUGAUGGAUGAGAUCUGGGAGAGAGCCGUUGAGACGGCGCUGGACGGCCAGACGGACUAUGCGGCGGCUCGGACGCUGACGCUCGACGGCGCCGUGAAGUGCGUCCAGGGUCGGCUUCCGCCGCCGAGCCUUCUGGAGAAGUUCCAGAACCUUCAGCACCUGUCCAUAGCCAACAUCGGCGUCUCGUCGCUUGAGCAGUUCCCGCGCCUUCGGAGCCUGGAGAAGCUCAUCCUCUCCGACAAUCGGAUCGCCGGCGGCCUUGAAUUUCUCGUCGAAGCGGGUUUGGAUUCGCUCCGCGACCUUGACCUAUCGAAUAACCGGAUUCAAUACAUCGAAGAUCUCGCCCCGCUCGCGCAGCUCAAGCUCGUUUCGCUCGAUCUCUACGAGUGUCCGGUCACGCGCGUCAAGGAUUAUCGAUCUAGGGUUUUCGGCUUGAUAAAAUCGCUCAAGUAUUUGGAUAAGAUGGACGCGGAGGAGAACGAGAGGCCGGAGUCCGAUGACGAGGAGGAGGAGGAAGAUGAGGAGGAGGAUGACCCUGGGAGCGGAGAAAUCGACGGCGAGGAUCGGCCGUAUAGAAUGAACAACGGUCACAGCGAGGGGGUUGAGGGAGUUGUUGAUGUGGACGAGGAUGAGGAGAGUGACGCCGAUGAGGAGGAGACGGAGACGGCACGGAGGGCGAACGGACAGAAUCAUCUGACAAAUGGGUUUAGGGUUGCUCCGGUGGAGGGGGAGGGAGGGUAUGAGGACGAGGAGGACGGCGAUGAUGAUGAAGAGAACGAAUCACGAGAGGAAAUCGACGAAGAGGAGGGGGAGGAUGACGAUGUGGUGGAGGUUCAUGAGAUUGGCGACAGCGAUGAAGAAGAUGGGAUUGAAUAUGACGAGGAGGAUGAUGAUGAUGAUGACGAUGAGGACGAGGAUGCGGAAGAGGUCGAUAAUGAUGAGGCGGAUUUCGCCGAGCCGGAGAGUACGGGGCGGUUGACGAGCACAGAAGGAGAGAUUGAUGGGCACGAACAAGGGGAGGACGAUGGGGAUGAGGAUGAUAAUGGAGAGACUGGUGAGGAAGAGCAGGGUGUUGAGGAGGAUGGAGAAUUUGAAGAAGAUGGUGAGGAAGAGGAAGAAGACUCUGGCGCAGGCUACUUAGUUCAACCAGUGGCACCGAAUGAGGGAGAAGACGCUGGAGGUAGCGACAUGGAACCAGGGGGGAACGAAGAAGAAGGUGAUGAUGGUGAAGAGGAGGAAGAAGUUGAAGACGAUGAUGAAGUUCAGGAGCUGCCUCCCUCUUCUUCGCACUUAAAGAGGAAGAGAGAUGAGGAGGAAGAUGAAGGUGAGGAUGAUGAAGAUGACGAUGAUGUUGUUGAGCACAACAAGUCUUCAAAGAAGCAUCACUGACACUUACCUAAGAUCUUGCAUUAUUUAAAUGUUUUUUCUUCAAUGUCCUUUUUAGUAUGGAGACCGGGGAACCUUAGAUAGAUUGGUUGGUAGUGAUUUUGGCUCUGAGCUCUCUUCUUUGGACAAAUAUAUAGCAGGUGGGAGAUUAUUGUAUCCUUGUGGUUUCAGUUCAAAAAAUCGUUAGUGUUUGUCCCCGCUUGGAUCUGUUAGAUAGCCGUUACUCUUUGUUAUUCAAAUGGCAGUUAAGAAGGGUUCACAAGCA